AAAGAAGAGCUGCUAAUGUGAAAGAAGCAUUACAUUGCACUAAGAUGUCUGUGAAAAGGAACUUGGUUCUUCUGCUGAUACAACUGAUGUGUUACUUUAGUUCUGGAAGCUGUGGAAAAGUGCUGGUGUGGCCCACAGAAUACAGCCAUUGGAUCAACAUAAAGACCAUCCUGGAUGAACUUCUCCAGAGAGGUCAUGAGGUGACUGUUCUGACAUCCACAGCUUCCAUUCUUAUUAAUCUGAACACAACAUCGGCUAUUAAUUUUGAGGUUUAUCCUGCACCUUCAAGAGAACAACAUUUGGAAGAAAGUUUCUCCAAAUGGAUCCAUGAAUGGAUUUAUGAUAUUUCAAAAGAUGACUUUUGGGAAUUUUAUUCAUUAGUGCAAAAAAUUUUCAAGGAAUAUUCCAAUACAAUUGAACAACUCUGCAGAAAUGUAGUUUUCAACAAGAAACUUAUGAUGAAACUACACAAAUCAAAAUUUGAUGUUGUUCUUGCGGAUGCUAUUGGUCCCUGUGGUGAGCUGCUGGCUGAGCUACUUAAAAUACCAUUUAUAUACACUCUCCGCUGCACUUUUGGCUACACAUAUGAAAAGUACAGUGGGGAACUUACAGUCCCUCCCUCCUAUGUGCCUAUUAUUAUGUCAGAAUUAAGUGAUCAUAUGACAUUCAGGGAGAGGAUUAAAAACACAAUGUAUGUGCUUUAUUUUGAUUUUUGGUUCCAGACAUUUGAUGUGAAGAAAUGGAAUCAGUUUUAUAGUGAAGCUCUAGGGAGACCCACUACAAUAUAUAAUACAAUAGGGAAAGCUGACUUUUGGCUUAUUGGAACCUAUUGGGAUUUAGAAUUUCCUAGUCCACUCUUACCAAAUUUUGACUUUGUUGGAGGACUCCAUUGUAAACCUGCCAAACCCCUCCCUAAAGAAAUGGAAGAAUUUGUACAGAGUUCUGGAGAAAAUGGUAUUGUGGUGUUUUCUCUGGGGUCAAUGGUCCCUAACACGCCAGAAGAGAAAGCCAAUAUAAUUGCAUUUGCCCUUGCACAGAUUCCACAAAAGGUCAUAUGGAGAUUUAAUGGCAAGAAGCCAGAUAAAUUAGGACCCAACACUCAGAUAUACGAAUGGAUCCCCCAGAAUGACCUUCUUGGUCAUCCAAAAACAAAAGCUUUUAUAACUCAUGGUGGAACCAAUGGCAUCUAUGAGGCAAUCUACCAUGGGAUCCCUAUGGUGGGCAUUCCUUUGUUUGCAGAUCAACCUGAUAACAUUGCUCAUGUGAAGGCCAAGGGAGCAGCUAUUAGAUUGGACUACAGAACACUGACAAGUGCAGAUCUUCUCAAGGCCUUGAGGAUGGUUAUUAAUGACCCUUUAUAUAAAGAGAAUGCUAUGAAGUUAUCAAGAAUUCAACAUGAUCAGCCAGUGAAGCCUCUGGAUCCAGCUGUCUUCUGGAUUGAGUAUGUCAUGUGCCACAAAGGAGCUAAACACCUCCGGGUUGCUGUCCAUGACCUCUCCUGGUUCCAGUACUACUCUUUGGAUGUGAUUGGGUUCCUUCUGGCCUGUGUGGAAACUGGGAUAUUCAUCAUCAGUAAAUGCUGUCUGUUUUGUUUCCAGAUGUUUUUUAAAUCGGGAAAGAAGAAAAAAAGGAAGUAAUUGUACCUAGGCCUGAAGCUGGGAAUCCUGAUAAAUGGCUCCUCCUGUUAACUUCCACAAGAGGAGGCUGUAUCGCUAGGUUUCUUACUUUUGCUAACAACUUUUCACAUAUCACUUUGUCAAGUCAAAUUUUGUCUCCAUAAAAUUCACUCCCUGUGUAAAAUACAGAAGUAUUUCAGUUCAAGGAACAACUAUUAGAGGAAAUAAAAUUAAACCAAAAGUUUAUGUUGCUAUUUAUGAUUCUAGUUUUGUAGCUUUAACUUCUCUGAAUAAAGCCUUCACUAAUUA